UUUCUGGUUUUACUUUUCUUUUCGAUUACCUGGUUACUGGUGAACUUCAAGAUAUCUCUGCGAAACAGAGACCAGUGUUUGCAUUCAGUGUUUUAAGCGUAAUUUUAUUCUUCAAUUUCUGGAUAUCUAUUCUGUACUAUUACGGGAUAAUGCAGUGGAUGGUUAUUAAAGUAGGUUGGUUCCUCCAAGUAACUGUGGGAACAACGGCAUGCGAAUCCAUGAACGCAGCAGGAAAUAUUUUCCUUGGAAUGACAGAGGCUCCGCUAAUGAUAAAACAUUUUCUACCGACAAUGACUAAGUCAGAACUCCAUGCCGUUCUGACGGGUGGUUUUGCUACCAUUGCCGGCAGCGUCCUAGCAGCUUAUAUUAAUUUCGGAGUUAGUUCUAGCCACCUGUUGUCAGCUUCUGUAAUGUCUGCUCCUGCUGCUUUAGCUUUUUCCAAGUUGUUCUACCCUGAGACAGAGCAGAGUCAAACACUCGCCCAAGACAUCAAGCUUGUCAAAGGGACAGAACGGAACGCUAUAGAAGCCGCCAUUAAAGGAGCCAGUGAUGCAAUCACGUUAAUAGCUAAUAUAGCCGCCAAUUUAAUUGCCUUUUUAGCCUUCAUUCGAUUUCUUGACUCAAUUUUUGGAUGGAUAGGACUUCUUGUUGGAUGGGACUUUCUCUCUUUUGAGUGGGUGUUAUCCAAACUGUUCAUUCCAUUGGCUUUCCUGAUGGGCGUGGAGUGGAAGGAAUGUGAACAGGUGGCUCGCCUGAUUGGUUUGAAGACAGUAGUUAACGAAUUUAUUGCUUACAAACAACUUGGAGAAAUAAAAACGUUAUCGUCUAGGUCUGAAGCUAUAGCUGUUUAUGCGUUAUGUGGGUUUUCCAAUAUCGGAUCCAUGGGGAUCCAGCUCGGAGCGCUAGGUGCUAUAGCUCCGGAAAGAAAAUCCGACUUGGCGGGUUUAGCAGUGCGAGCAGUAAUAGCAGGAUCGGCAGCCUGCUUCAUGACAGCCUGUGUUGCAGGAACACUGCUCGAGGAAUCUCCAGACUCUGUGCAAAUGGAUAGCCUAAAAUCAAAAUAAAUAAGUACGUUUAUAUGUUGAGAUCAAAGUCCGAAAUCGAUAAGUGGCCGAAAUAUUUCAUCAAAUAGU